AUGGAAGAAAGCUCAAGUUUCUCGGCAAUGGCACCUCCUGUCUUCAAUAGUGAAAAUUUUCACAUGUGGGCAGUGAGGAUGGAAGCUUAUCUCGAUGCUUUAGAUCAUUGGGAGGCAAUCGAAGAAGACUAUGAAGUUCUCGGAAACCCAACAAUGGCUCAACUAAAAAAUCACAAGGACAAGAAAACCAGAAAAUCUAAGGCAAAGGCAUGUCUUUUUUCAGCAGUCUCUUCAACAAUUUUCACUGGUAUCAUGUCUCUUAAAUCAGCAAAGGCCAUCUGGGAUCAUCUCAAGGCACAAUAUAAAGGAGAUGAUUGUAUCAAAGGUAUGCAAGUGCUGAAUCUCAUUAGAUACUUUGAGUUACAUAAGAUAAAAGAAAUGGAAACCAUUAAAGAAUACUCUGACAGGCUUAUGAGCAUAGCAAACAAAGUAAGAUUACUUGGUUUUGAGUUUAAAGACUCGCGUAUUGUUGGAAAGAUUCUGGUUACUGUAUCUGAAAGAUUUGAAGCCACCAUUACCACUUUGGAGAACACCAAGGAUCUAUCAACAAUCACUUUGGCGGAAUUAUUGAAUUCCUUGUAG